UUUUAACGAUAACAAUAGCACGCUCACAGCGAUCAAUCUUUUAUUUUUUCACAAUUUAUUUUGUUGGACUGGCUUUUAGCCAAAUUGAUUAAAGUAGCGAGUGUAUGUGUGUGUUGUGUGAGUGUAUGUUUAUGCAUGUGUGAGCGUGCGAAUUAUUAAACAAAAAAGCAAGAACCAGAUUACUCAAUAUCAAAGUGCAAUAUUCAUUUGCCGCGCCAACAAGCAUCUGAAGAAAAAUGGUUCAAUAAACACGAAAGAAAAAUACCAAAUCGAAAUUAACUGUAUUUUUUGUUUGUGUGCACAACAAUUAACGAAUAAAAUAUACAAAAAGUUAAUAAAAAAAAAAAGAAAAAGUUUGCCAGCAGAGCGUCAGAGAAAAACGAAAAAUAACAACAAUUGUGACAGCAGCAGCAAACAGCAAUAGACCCGCAGAAGUGAGAGAAAGAGUGCGAGAGAGAGCUAUAGAGUGGGAGAGCAGCAACAACCACAAACAAGAACAGCAGCAACAGCAACACUUCAGCGCAGUGAUGAGAAAAGUGAUGAAACACACUGGGAGCCCAACAACACAAGUGUUAAAUGUAAAAUAAAAACGUGCGGCAGAUAGACGUGUGCAUACGACAUACAUAUGUAUAUGUAUAUGUAAAUAGUAAUAGAAACACAUCGAACAAAACUGCAAAAAUCAACGGUCAUCCUUUUUGUAGGCGCUCUCCGGCUUUGCACAGCACGCUUGUGUGUAUUAAAUAUCGAUUUUGUUACCCUCUGCGCGCCUCUCGUUGAUUGCACAUGUGUGCGUGCGUAUGUAUGUGUUGUAUAUGUGCAGUUUGAAGCGCGAGCUUGUGUGCGAGUGUGUAAAAAAACAAUAAUUGCGAUAUCGAUAACGAUAAUACGAUACGAUAGUGCAAAAUAAAUACAAACAAAACAAAAAAAAUUUUGAGCGCGUUAUCAAAAGCACACGGAACACAGCAAUAACAAGCACAGCUACAACUAUAAAGCCGGCGGCGUGUUUUUUGUUGUUUUUUUUUUUGCAUUUAGUGAGUGAACGAGGGAGCUUUUGUUAUUUUUUCGUUUUUUUUUUUUUUGUUUUUGCUUUGCUUUUCGCUCUGGUGUGUGUGUUUUUUGGUUUUCACUUAACCAAGAUCCAAAGCGUAACAACAAUAAUAAUAAUAAUAGUGAAAAACGACGUUGACAACGGACAACGCAGCAGCCAGGGCAAAAUAGUAAAAAGAAGAAUAUUAGCGACAUUUGUUUUUUUUUUUUUUGUGAGGAGGUAAGAAGAGAACUUCUUACCAAUGAUUUCGCUGUUGCAAAUGAAGUUCCAUGCGCUGCUUUUGCUGCUGUCAAAGGUCUGGACAUGCAUAUGUUUCAUGUUCAAUCGCCAAGUGCGCGCUUUUAUCCAGUAUCAGCCGGUUAAAUAUGAACUCUUCCCGCUGUCACCGGUGUCGCGGCAUCGACUCAGUUUGGUGCAGCGCAAAACUUUGGUGUUGGACUUGGACGAGACGCUGAUACACUCACAUCACAAUGCGAUGCCCAGGAAUACGGUGAAGCCGGGCACGCCGCACGAUUUUACCGUUAAAGUGACGAUCGAUAGACAUCCAGUGCGAUUCUUUGUGCACAAACGGCCGCAUGUCGAUUACUUUUUGGAUGUGGUAUCGCAAUGGUAUGAUCUGGUUGUGUUUACGGCCAGCAUGGAGAUCUAUGGAGCUGCUGUUGCUGACAAAUUGGACAACGGCCGCAAUAUAUUGCGGCGUCGAUACUACAGACAGCACUGCACGCCCGACUAUGGCUCCUAUACCAAAGAUUUGUCAGCCAUAUGCAGUGAUUUGAAUAGGAUAUUUAUAAUUGACAAUUCGCCUGGGGCAUAUCGGUGUUUUCCAAAUAAUGCAAUCCCCAUUAAAAGUUGGUUCUCCGAUCCAAUGGAUACAGCAUUAUUAUCGUUGCUGCCCAUGCUCGACGCGCUGAGAUUUACCAACGAUGUGCGUUCGGUGUUAUCGCGAAAUCUUCACCUGCAUCGCCUGUGGUAGCAGGUGUGCCGCCACCAAGUGUAGCUAAUGCAACAAAUUUAACAUCAACAUCAGAUGCGAAGUUACAAAUUAAAAUUAGCAACAACAGAAACAGAAUCAACAACAACAAGAUGAAACAACAACAAAAGAAACAGAAAAAAAAUAAGGUGGUGCUGUGACACAUAAACGAAUUUUAUGUUUAAUAAUAGGACAGAAUGAAUGGAUCGAUUUUUCUAUAAUCUGUAUUACAUUUUCAAUUAAUGCAACGUUUUCUAACUAAUUAUACAUAAUGUUCGUAUCAUUUAACUACAUAUGAAUAUAUAUUUAUAUACAUGCAUAUAUUUAUAUAUAUAUACAAUAUCGAUUAUACAAUUCUUUGUGCUAGAAAAUUAAAUUGUUUGCGUUAUUUUUGUACUAUAAUGAUGAUGAAGACGAUGAUGAUGUAGAUGUUGAUGUUGAGACAAGAAACUACAGUAUGUUUUUCAGGCAGGCAAAUAAAAUAAAUAAUUAUGUUGACACACAAACAGACAUAGACACACCUUACACACACACACACACAUAUAUACAUUAUAUAUCAUAAAAACACUUUAGCUAAGACAACUACAACACAUACACAUAUGCAUAGAUAUAUACAUUAUAUAUAUAUUUAUGUUAGGCAUAGUUUGUUGUAAUUACAUUAAAAUUAAUUAUUAUUAUUAUUAUAAUUACUAUUAUUAAAUGCAAGCCACAAGGCAAGAAACAUUGUUUUCUAUAUAUACAUACAACAGCAACAACGUAAAGAUUAAUGAACUUUUGUAUAGGUUUUUUUUUGUGUAAAAACAAAUCAGGCAACAAAUAACUUUUAAACCUCUAUAGUUUUCGUUAAAAAACAAUCAAGAAAAACGAAACGAAAAUGCAACCAAAACUAAAUUUUCAAAGGACUAAGUGUAUAUGUUAAAGGAAAAACCAAAAACAAGAUUGAAAAGUAAAAGGAUUAUGUUAACUCUUAAGAUUAAUUAAUUAGAGAUGCCUGCAUGCAGGCAAAAAUGGCAUUGAAGGCGUACUAUAUUUGUAUUUAAACUUGAAUAAGACGAUGAGAACUAUUAAAGCAUAAAACCAAAAAACAUAAAA